AUGGAAUCGAAACCAAGCGUAAUGGAAAUCGAAGAAGCCAAGACGAGCGAGCUAAAUCGGUUUGGCGAUCAGCUGCAGCAGCAGAAAUUGACGCGUCGCAUUCUCCUGAAGCUAGACACACGAAUCCUGCCCGUCCUCGCAUUGCUCUUUUUAUGCUCUUUUCUCGAUCGUACAAAUGUCGGAAAUGCCAAGAUUAUCGGCCUAGAACAGGACAUCAACAUCAACGACCACCAGUAUGAUAUCGGGUUGAUGGUUUACUAUCUGUUUUACAUCUGCAGCGAGCUGCCAAGCAAUCUUAUACUCAAGAAAGCAUCGCCUAAACUGUGGCUACCUUUCUUGACUGUUCUCUGGGGUAUCAUUACCAUGUGUCUGGGGUUCGUGAGAGACUAUGGCGGAUUUGUUGGUGUGCGGGCUAUUCUUGGCAUUGCUGAGGGUGGAUUGCUGCCGGGAAUGGUUCUAUAUCUGUCGGCUUUCUAUAAACGCGGAGACUUAGCUCUACGAAUUGGUCUCUUUUAUACCGCGGCUUCUUUGUCCGGUGCUUUUGGUGGUCUUCUUGCCCGUGGUCUUGCAGCAAUUGCCCCGCGUGGAGGCCUGGAGGGAUGGCGCUGGAUCUUCAUCAUCGAAGGUCUACUGACUGUCGCCUGCGGUGCACUCAGUUUUUUCCUUCUUCCCAACUCAUUGGAGUCUUCAUCGUUCUUGACCCCCGAAGAGAAAGAGUUCGCACGCGAGAGGCUUCUGAUGGAUAAUCCUCGAAUGCCGGAUGGGACAUUGGCUGCCGAGGUGGAGUCAUUCAAAUGGUCUGAAGUCCGACGAGGUGUCCUAGACGUCCAGGUCUGGCUCUCCGCUAGUGCGUACUUUGCGAUCCUAUCUGGACUGUACUCGUUUGGUCUCUUUCUACCGACAAUUAUCAAGAAUCUGGACUUUGCCAAGGAUGCCAACGAAGUGCAACUUUGGUCGGUCAUUCCGUACGCCGUCGCCGCCGUCAUCACCGUUGUGGUGGCAUUCAUCUCAGAUCAUCUCCACCUUCGCGGUGUUGUGAUGCUGUUCACCCUCCCUAUCGCAAUUGCCGGCUAUGCAGCAAUCGCCAACAUUGACUCCCCGCGCGCUCAAUAUGGUAUGACAUUCCUUAUGGCUACCGGCCAGUAUGCCAGCGUACCGUGCAUCCUGGUGUGGAUGUCGAACAACUCGGCCGGUCACUACAAGCGUGCAACGACUUCGGCACUGCAGUUGGCCAUUGCGAACGCAGGAGGGUUUGUCGCAACCUUUAAUUACCCAUCUCAUGAUGGGCCACAGUUUCAUCGGGGACAUACAAUUAUUCUGGGGUUGCUUGUGUUUGCAUGGUUUAUGAUUUUGUUUAAUGUGCUCUAUUGCGCUAAAGUUAAUCGCGAUAAAAGGGAUGGGAAGUAUGACCGGUAUGCAGGAUAUAAUGACGACCGAAACCCUGAUUUCAAAAUGGUUCUUUGA